CUUGAACUCUGAGAUCUGCCUGACUGCCUCCCAAGUGUUGGGAUUAAAGGCAUGAGCUCCUCUUUGGAGCUUUCAGCAGGGUUUCCAGGAUUUGUAAAAGGUUUAUUUAUCGUUAUGUAUGUGACUUUUUCCUGCAUGUAUGAAUAUGUGCACCAUAUGCUUCUCUGGGACCCUCAGAGUUAAGAAGAGGGUGUCAGAUCCCCUAGAAUUGGAGCUAGGGGUGAUUGUGAGCAACAUGUGGAUCCUGGUAACAGAACCUGAGUCUUCUGCAAGAGCAACAAGUGCUCUAACCACUGAAACAUCUCUCCAGCCCCACCCCCCCCAUUUCUAGAAUUCAGAAUGUCACUCCAGAAUACCUGCCAGCAAGGGACACCACCCAGCUGUGGCGUGGCCUAGUGGCCCGGUAUCUUGGGGAGCCUUGGAGCAGCUUCUGGGAAACACACAGCUCUGACACUCUGGAUCCUACUCCCCUGGGCUUGGAAAUACCUUGGAAGUGCCACAGGGCUCAGGACACCUGCACAAGCCCUGCCAGGACACAGCAAGGCAAAAUUGCCAAACUGUCUCCUGGAGCCCUGUUCCUGGGUGCGUGGGGGAUGGGGGGAAGCCCACAGGGGAUCUGUAAAAAAGAGGAACUAGGCUGGAGGCUGGGGCCCUUGGGUCAUGGGGCGUCAGAGGACCGGAAAGGGGCCCCUUCCACCCCCAUCAGCACAGACACUGGGCAAGGGGUGGGGUUCAAAGGCAGAAUAACCGCAGAGGACACCAGAGGCAGCCUUGCCUUGUUUCCUCUUUGUGUGAGUUUGGUUCCAGGGUCUCCUGAGGGCUAGGGUCUCCCAGUGCCAAGGGGAGCAGCAAGCCCUGAAGGGUGACGGCCCGCUCUGGCCAAGGUGGGCCAGGAGGUGCGCACUCCGUGAUCCCUGCCUGCUGGUUUCCUCCGGGGUCGGCACAGCUCCUUAUCAGGCGCGGCCAGGCAGCCAGACCCUUAUCUGUACAGGCCCAGCAUCCUCUGGCCUCUGCGCCAGGGGGUAAGAGGGAGGAAGCCAGGCUGUCGGGGGCGGGGAAAAGGCGGGUCGGUCCAGGAGCCGCUCACUUUCUCUUGGGGUUACCCACCACGCCGCCGCCACUCUGAGACUGCUCAGGCCCUCCGGAGCCCGGGAGGUGGCGCAGCCCAGCUCUGAGGCCCAACGGGACCACCUGGGGCACACUGACGGACUGGAAAAUGGAAACCGCCUCCUAACCUGGAUUGACAGCCCUGACCAUACAGCACUCCAGGCUGUGAGAACUGACUGCUACAGGGUUAGCAUUCCAUCCUUGGGUCCAUGUGCCCACCCCAGGCCCAGGCAGAGGUGGCUUCCGCCAUGGCUGAGAAAGCUGAGCUGGUGCGUGCCUCCAGCCCAGCGCCUGCUCCUCUCCCUACUCUGGCCUCACCUGGGCCCCUUCCUGCGGAGCCGGACCACCGAAACACAUGCACCCCCUGGUUGCCUCCAGGUGUACCAGUGAUAAACCUGGGCCAUAGCAGGCCCACGGCGGCAGCCAUGCCCACCACAGAGCUGAGUGCUCUCCGACCCUCCCUGCUGCAGCUGGCUGCCUUGGGAACAGCUCCGCCCACCCUGGCCCUGCAUUACCAUCCCCACCCUUUCCUCAGCAGCGUCUACAUUGGGCCAGCGGGACCCUUCAGCAUCUUCCCUAACAGCCGGCUGAAGCGAAGACCGAGCCACGGUGAGCUCAACUUGGCUGAGGGGCACCAACCCCAGAAGGUGGCUCGUCGCGUGUUCACCAACAGCCGAGAGCGCUGGAGGCAGCAGCACGUUAACGGCGCCUUCGCGGAGCUCAGGAAGCUGCUGCCCACCCACCCGCCCGACCGGAAGCUGAGCAAGAACGAGGUGCUGCGCCUGGCCAUGAAGUACAUUGGCUUCCUGGUGCGGCUGCUGCGAGACCAGGCGGCCGUGCUGGCCUCUGGCCCCAGCGCUGCCGGGCCCCGCAAGCCGCCGGCGCACCGGGGCGUGGAGGGCGGUGCGCGCUGCGGGGCCCGACACAGGGUGGAGGCUGCGCGCUCGCAGCCCGUGCUUCCUGGGGACUGCGACGGCGACCCCAAGGGGUCGGUGCGCACCAUCAAGAUGGAGCAGACGGCCCUGAGUCCUGAGGUGCGGUGACCCAAGGCAGUGGCCCCUCACCUGCUGCGCAGUGAACUCCCUGUAAAGGGGACUGAGGUCGCCCAGAUGAGGAAACGCCCUGUAGCUCUGGAAGGGUGACCGGCGACUCAGGGGCCCCGCAGACUUUUAAGGGAAAUUUCCCACAGGCUACUUGAGGUGGCCUGGCCAGUGUCCUCUUCCCUGGGCCAAGGCCAGAGACUCAACAAAGCAAAGUGACUAUGGGAUCCUUAGGGGUGCUUGGAGAGGUGGGGAAGGGUCUGGAGGCCUUCGCAGCGGCGCCCCCUGCUGGAGGCGGGAAGCCCAGGACAGCGUGUGGGAGGAGGACCCACCCCAGCGAGCCCAACGGGUUGCGCUUGGUCCAUGAUCCUGUUAAGCGCGUUAACGAAGACUCAGACACUCUUGCA